ACUGAGCAGAUCUGGGUUGAAAACAACAUACAACAAGCAAAUCAAAGCUUGGAUGAUUAUCAAGGCAUGGUAAACAUCAUUCAGGUUCAAGAGAAGCUUAGUUGAGGUCAUUUGCACGGAAUUACACAGUUUGCAUCAAAAUUGCACAAUUCUGCCGCAAUUUGUAGCAAACUGAUAUUUCAUGUUAUUUUAGGUUAUUUUUAGUGAUUUUCACGUUUUUUGUAUUAUUUUUGGGCUGAACAUUCAUUUAUUUGAGGCCCAAUUCGUGGUUUCAAUCAUGUCAAGCGGUGAUGACAAAUCAACCACUAGAAGCCACCAUGUGGAUGAAUCCUUCAUGCUCAAAGCAAUGCAACAACAAUUUCAGAGGAAUGAUGCUAAUGAUGAUUAUAAAGAUGCAUUCAACAAUGACGCCCAGAACUCAAAUUUCAGCAUGGACAGAAUUAUGAGAGGUAGAGGGGGCCAAAGAGAGCAAAAUCUGACAAGCUGGGGAGAUCGGCAAGAUCAUGACUUAGGUAGCAUUAAGAUGAAGAUUCAUCCAUUUCAAGGCAAGAAUGAUCCAGAUGGCCUUACUCAAGGGUCCAAAAGUGUUGAAGAUUAUCACAAAGAGAAGGAAAUCGCAAUGGUUAGAGCAAAUGUGGAAGAGGACAGAGAAGCAACUAUGGCACGGUUUCUACAUGGCUUAAAUCAUGAUAUAGCUAAUAUGGUAGAGCUGCAGCAUUAUGUGGAAUCAGAAGAUAUGGUGCAUAUGGCGAUGAAAGUAGAACGGCAACUCAAGCGUAAAGAAGCCACCACCAGAACUAGGCAAAAUUCAGGUUCCUCAUCUUCUUCGAAACUAAAUUGGAGCAAAAAGGAAGAAAAUUUUGUUUUUAAGCCUGAAACUGCAGCAUCUAAGGGGCAUGUUGCAUCGCAAUGUCCUAAUAAGCACACAAUGAUCUUGAGAGAAGAUGGAGAAAUUGAAACCGAGGGUGAAUCUGAUGAUGAAUCUAUGCCACCAUUAGAAGAUGCUAAUGAUGGUGUGGAGUAUUCUACUGAUGGAGAACUGCUCGUCACCAGGCGAGCUUUGAAUGUGCAAGCCAAAGAAGAUGAUGAAGUACAACAUGACAAUAUAUUUCACAUGAGGUGCCAUGUCAAAAACAAGGACUUCAAGGACGUGUUUCCAGAAGACAUCCCUAAUGGUUUACCACCAAUAAGAGGAAUUGAGCAUCAGAUUGACUUCAUUCCAGGUGCAACAAUUUCGAACCAACCAGCAUAUCGAAGCAACCCCAAUGAGACGAAAGAACUUCAAAAACAGGUUGAAGAACUCAUGAAGAAGGGGCAUGUGAGAGAAAGCAUGAGUCCAUGUGCAGUUCCAGUGCUACCUGUGCCUAAGAAGGAUGGGACUUGGCGUAUGUGCAUUGAUUGUCGCGCUGUCAACAAAAUUACUGUAAAGUAUCGUCACCCUAUUCCUAGAUUAGAUGACAUGUUAGAUGAACUGCAUGGUUCUUGCAUAUUCACUAAAAUUGAUUUAAAAAGUGGGUAUCAUCAGAUUAGGAUGAAGGAAGCUGAUGGACAAACAAAAGUGGUUAGUAGGAUGUUGUCAACCUUAUUGCAAUCUAUUAUUCAGAAGAACUUGAAGAAUUGGGAAGAGUGUUUGCCGCACGUUGAAUUUGCUUAUAACCAGAGCAUCCAUUCAGCAACUAACUGUUCACCAUUUGAGGUUGCGUAUGGUUUUAAUUCACUCACUCCUUUGGAUUUAUUGUCAUUACCUAUUGAUGAACAAGCUAGUUUGGAUGAGAAAAAGAAAGCUGAAGUGGUUAAGCAACUACAUGAGAGGGUGCAACAAAACAUAGAGUGGUGAACUCAGCAAUAUGCAAAUCAAGCAAACAAAGGGCGCAAGAAAGUU